AUGCAGGACCUUAAACUGACAGCCGUUGUGAUGGCCUGCUUUGCGCUGUUCCCAAGCUACGCAAAUGCUUUUUGGCGUCUUCCUUGCCGUGGAAGAUCUGGUCUAGCCCGAGUAGACCCCAUUGUGGAUCCGGGUGAGGUUUCGGGUCACGUUCACGCGGUCCAUGGAGGUGGAAGCUUUGGCAUGAGCUCGGAUCAGAGCUCGCUCCUCAGUGCUGAUUGCACCUCGUGCGCAGUGACUCAAGACAAGUCCGCUUACUGGGCUCCCGCUUUGUACUUCAUGCACACCAACGGCAGUGCCCAGGUAGUUGAAGAGGUUGGAGGCAUGCUUGCCUACUACCUUCUGUAUGGAGAGAAUAUCAAGGCCUUCCCAGAUGACUUCCGCAUGCUGGCAGGUGACCCCUACCUGCGCAACUUCACCUGGCCAGUUCCCGACCCCCCCAAGUCCGAGUGGAGUGGUGACCAGGCCUCACAGGCUGCUCUGCGCCAGAAGGCCAUUGGUUUCAACUGUCUGAACUAUAAGACGACCGCUGAAGACUCCCUCCACCGCCACUUCUUGCCCGACAAGGCCUUCCUCGAUGAGCAUUGCACCGAUGGAGUCCGUAUCGAGUUGAUGUUCCCAUCCUGCUGGAAUGGCAAGGAUGCCGACUCCCCUGACCACAAGUCCCAUGUCGCGUACCCGUCCCUUGUUAUGGAUGGUACUUGCCCCGAGGGCUUCGAAACUCGCCUGGUAUCACUCUUCUACGAGACUAUUUGGGACACCUACGCGUUCAAGGACGUCGAUGGAUACUUCGCGCUCGCCAACGGUGACCCCACUGGAUUUGGAUACCACGGCGAUUUCAUGCAGGCCUGGGACUCGGGUGUGCUGCAGGAGGCCAUUGAAACUUGCACCAGCGAGUCAGGUGUCAUCGACGAGUGCAAAGUCUUCGACAUUCAGACCGAAGAUGAACAGCGUCAAUGUCAGUUCCCCAUCCCAUUCGAGAUCGAACACGAGGAUUGUGAAAUGCACCACGACGGAUUGCCUGGCGGCAUGCCUAUCGAGUGGGGUCCUGAGUAUGCCUCGAUGAAACCCAAACCCUCAACCACAACCGGCAAUGUGAUUACGCUUCCCACUAUUUCUGCUGGUGGUAUUUCGAUCGAUCCCAACACCUUGAUUCCCAGUAUCUCUAUUCCUGAUCCCAACACUUUGCUUGACAACCUUCGCACAGAUAGCACUGCCGAAGCUGUCACUUCCACUUCCACUUCGACUCCCUCGCCAACCCCGACUCCUGUCACAUCUACUGUCGUUGACCCCUUCACUGAAGAGAUCAUCUACCUCGAACGCGAUGUUGUCGUCCUCUGUGAUGGAAAUGGUGAGGCCUACUCGACUAGCACUGGCGCCGUGCGAACUGUCUCCUCUACCAUAACCACGAUUAUGGAAACCUCUACAGCCGUUUCGUACGUGAAGAAGGACACUGUCCCGGAACCUGAGGAACCGGUGCAGGCUGCUGGCCAUGCCAAGAGACAUCUUCACCGCCGCCACGGUCACAUGCACAAUUAG